UGUGCGUGUGUGUGUGUGUGUCAGCUAACACUAACAUGCCAUGAGCGGGGCCGGGGGUUUCCUCGCCGCCGUCAAGACGUUGACGCCGCGACGUCGUCGACGGGGUAGCGAGAAGCGCCGUCUGGAGUUGCCCCAGCACGGAGGCAACCCUCCAGACGUCGUACCUUUCGAGCCGCCUCCCAUCACGCCGCCACCGGCGUUCCUGCCUCCGGGACAUCACAAGGCGGUGCUGCAAGAGUUGAAGAAGGACAAGUGUGAGUUGGGUGUAAAUGGUGUGGGUGUAGGUGUCGUUGCACCUGAGACUCAGUCCCAGGAGCCUCGACCUGAGCGACCGUCAUCCCUUGGGCCCGGCCGCCUUACCCGCAGACUGCUGUGUUACCACAACGACCACUACUCGCCCACCCGACCUCUCCCGGACAGUCAAGUAGAUGGAGGGUCUCCCAGGUUGUGUACCCCCCCACCCCCCAGUGACUCACCCCUUACUCUGUCAGAGUUGCCGGAGCCCCCCAUACCUGUGUCAGAGAUUGGCCCCAUCCCCCCGCCACCCAUGUUCAGCAGCAAUGCUACCAGCAUACACAACGCGGUUCCACUGGACCUGUCUGGCAUGAACUAUGGCCACGAUGAAGGAGAAGAUGAGGAGGACUAUGUGGAUGAUUCUGAUGGUGAGGGGAGAGGGGACGAUGACGACGACUUGAGUCUACGAUUGCGCGGGCCGGACCCGGCGAUCGACACGUCGCGCGUUGAGGAAAUCCCUGCCAAAGAACCAAAGUUCCAUGCCGUCCCGCUCAAGAGUGCACUCAAGAAACCCCCCACUCCUACGCAGGAAUCACCCCUAGGCACCCCAGUGUCUGGCGGCCCACUCAAACGGCCACCUUUAAGGCCGAGGAUUCGCAUAUGUUCUCGACCUGUCAGGUUCGGACUUGCUCUUCCUUGCACGCUAGAAGACAAGGAGAACACUCGGCCUUCGUAUAACAACAGCAAUGAUGGAGACAGUGACAAUGAUGGCCCAGUGCUGUACCGAGACUGUGACGAUGACAGUACGUAUGGUCGGCUGGCGGCUAAGAUCGCACGCAAGGACAGUCUGGCACUCAAGCUGGCGCUGCGGCCUGACAGACAGGAGCUGAUAGACCGCAACAUCCUGCAGCUGCAGAGUGAUAAGGAGCGACAGGAGACCAAGGAGGCAGUUGGUGCUCGAUUGAUAAGGAGGUUGAGUAUGAGACCGACUCAAGAAGAGCUUGAGGACAGAAACAUCUUAAAAAAACAAACAGCAGCAGAAGAGAAAAAACUGAAAGAAGAGAAAAAGAGGAUGUUGUUGCGCAAACUUAGUUUUAGGCCGACAGUUGAGGAACUCAAAGAAAAGAAGAUCAUCAGGUUCAACGACUACAUCGAGGUGACACAGGCGCAUGACUACGACCGCCGUGCGGACAAGCCCUGGACUCGCCUCACACCCAAGGAUAAGGCGGCCAUACGCAAGGAACUCAAUGAGUUCAAAAGUAGCGAGAUGGAAGUGCACCAGGAGUCUAGGCACCUUACCAGAUUCCACAGGCCAUGACGCUCCGCUGGCUAGUCCAUCGCGCCUCUGCCACUGUUUUGUACAGCUCUAAACCGUUUUGUAAAUAGACUAAACCUUUGGAAGCUUUUGCGCCGCCAUUUCCAGUCGGCCAUCGAUUCCUUGUUUGUAUAUAACGACUUUAUGUUUAACGAUAACCAGGGACCCAUUUCUGUAAGAGAUGGGUCUCUUAGAAAGUAGUGCAUUUUUAGCACACUUUAAUCCAACGAGGGGUCAUCUGUGAUUCUACUUUGCCCCUGAGAAGUCUGCGAACUUUUGGUUUUUUUCUUGAACAAGGUGUCCAAAAAAAACAUUCUACUCAAGAGUGGAUUACUUGUUUUUGCUUUAACAAUUUUUCCUUACUUAUUAACAUAAAAUAUGGCUAAAGUACAAACUCCCCAUUUGCCAUAGAUUCCAAGUUCUUCAAUUUAUUGAGAUGAAGGAUUACAGUAACAGUGGUAUUCAUACUUACUCUUGGUUGUAAGUGCUUGGUUGGAAAUAUUAUUAGAUAAUAUUAUGUUAAAUAUUUGUUUUCUUCCAUAAGUUAUUGUAAACGUCAUAGUACAAAAGGUUACUUUUGGACACCUCGCUUGAGCAAUGUUGGAAAGCCUCAAUUUUUUUGGUCUUUCAAUGCCUUGCCAAUGUAAGUUUUCUUGGAGUGCUCUCCCACUUAAAUCGAUUAAUCCUUUUAAUUUUCAAGUCUAAAACAAUGAAACACAGUGGAAGUUCACUCCAGAAGACUUAAAAGUUUGCCGAAAUCGCUUUACGAUUGGAAUCUUUCAAAAUAUUAUUUAUAGCUAUUUAUUUACCAUGUACAUAUUAUGGACCCUAUUGUUACUGUACUUGUGUAAAGCUAGUGAUUUUUUAAUACUUAUUGUAUAACAAUGUGGAUAUUUUGUUAUAUUACUUAGCUUAUAAAGUGAUUUGCACGUUUUUAUCACAAUUAUAAAAGUGCAAUAGAGCUAAAAUUGUUUUAUUGUUGUUUUUGAGAAAUUAUAAAUGUUAAAUGAACAAUUGCUUCAAAUUUUAUACAAAACUCUGUUGUGCUUCUCGAGUAAUUACCGACACAAAGGUUUAUCUUUUUUAACUAUCAGCCUUUUUAAAGGUUGUUUGUAAUUUUGAUAACAUUAGUUUCAUGCCAUGUAUAUUGUAUAAAAUAGGUUUCAGUAUUAUUGUUUUGUGUUCAAAGCAUUUAAGGGUCUGGAACUGUUACCAGCAUUUACAUUCAACUUCUGACUUUAGCGUUCCGUACAAAUCGUUUGAUUAACUUUUGUACACUAUAUCAGAGCUUCUGUAUUCUGUAUACAUUACAUUGUGUUAUAUAUUUAUACAUAUAUAAAUAUAGCUAUAUAGUGAUACAUACGUAAACAAAGAGACACUUUCUUCAUAUUCUAUGGUUCUCUUACUGAAAAUUUUUUUAUACUUUAUUUCUGUAAAUAUAAAAGACAAUUUUUAUUCCA